AUGAGCCCCUUAACAGCUAUUGAGAACCUCUAUCGAGAAUACGCCCCUUUGGCAUUCCAACCUAAUGAGAAGAUGUCUCCGUUCUCUCAGUUCGGCAGUCUUCCUGGAGUCGGUGGAUAUGGUGGUGGUAUUGAUCGGGACUUCUCUCCCAUCCUGAACUACAUUGAUGAGUUUGAUCGUCACUUCUCUCGCCGCCAUCGCUUUAUGAAUUGCUUCAUCCCAAGAUUUGAUCUCGAGGAGGAUGCCCACAACUACUACCUCUACGGCGAAAUUCCCGGCGCAACAAUAGACACCAUCACCAUCGAAGCCCACAGCAACCACACCCUCCAAAUCUACGGCAAGACCAUCCGCGUCGGACCAGCCCUCCUAUCAUCUCAACCCCAAGAAGGCUCCGACGGCGGCGGAGAAUUCGUCAAAGUCCAAGUCGAAGACCACGAACACUCGACUGCCGAGCACAAAGAACACGUUGAACCACCAACAUCCGCGCCUACCCAACAAGCAGUAGCAUCUACAUUCCCACCUCCUCCCACCCAAGGUCAGCAGUUAGGACAUCCGCACCAUGAACGCCAUCAUACUUUCGGUGGCGGUCUCGAUAAUGGAAAUCCGAGUCAACGCCAUAUCUUGCUUUCUGAGAGGCUGGUAGGAGAUUUUCACCGCACGUUCGCGUUCCCGAGUCCGGUUGUCGAGGAUGGGGUUAGGGCUUCGUUGGAGAAUGGGGUUUUGAGUCUGGUGGUGCCGAAGAAGGAUGGGGGGUCUGAGGAGAGGAGGGGGAGGAGGGUGCCGAUUAUGCAGGGGGGUGGGAGGAAUUGA